CUCUGGAUAAAAUGCAGGGUGACUUCAUUCCACCACUGAUGUGGAAGCCAUUGAGUACACUGAUUUUGUAUAUCCAUGUGUUUUUUAUACCCCAUACAGGCAAAUCUGUGGGGAUUGUGACCACUACCCGGGUUCAGCAUGCCACCCCAGGGGCCUCCUAUGCUCACUCCGUCAGCCGGGAUUGGUAUGGGGAUGCCGACAUGCCCAGGGACGCUCUCCGCGAAGGCUGCAAGGACAUUGCUUACCAACUGGUGAACAACACCGACAUCAAUGUGAUUCUUGGAGGAGGCCGGAUGUACAUGACGCCAUGGCAGACGCCUGACCCGGAGUAUCCAAAUGAUCCCAAACAGAACGGAACCAGGAAAGACGGAUUCAACCUCAUCGAGAAGUGGCUGAGCAGCAAAGAGGGAGCUCACUAUGUUUGGAACAAAACAGCCCUGGAUGCUGUGGAUGAAAACACAACAGAGUACCUCAUGGGACUCUUUGAGCCAAAGGACAUGACGUAUGAGCUGAACCGUGACAACGCAACAGACCCCUCCAUCGUGGAGAUGACUGAGAAGGCCAUCCAAAUACUACGCAGGAACCCCAGGGGCUUCUUCCUCUUUGUGGAAGGAGGCAGGAUUGACCAUGGGCACCACAAUGGGAAAGCCAAGCAAGCCCUGAUGGAGGCCGUGAUGAUGGACCGCGCAGUGGAACGGGCUGGCGAGUUGACCGAUGCCUCCGAGACUCUCACUGUGGUCACAGCUGACCACUCACAUGUUUUCACCUUUGGAGGCAGCACACCACGUGGCAACAACAUCUUUGGCCUGGCACCCAAAAGGGCGACAGACAAACGCUCGUACACUAGCAUUCUCUAUGGGAACGGACCUGGUUACACCCUCAAGAAUGGAAGCCGUCCAGAUGUGAGCUCUGUGGCCUUUGAUGACAAGGACUACCAACAGCAGGCGGCUGUCCCUCUCAGCUCGGAGACCCAUGGCGGAGAAGAUGUUGCCAUCAUGGCUCAGGGCCCCAUGGCCCAUCUCUUCCAUGGCAUUCGGGAACAGAACUACAUCGCCCACGUCCUGGCAUAUGCCGGCUGCAUCGAGCCCUACCAUCAGCAGCCGGAGUGUCCAGCACCUGAAAACAGAUCUGGCAGUCCGGGCCUCUCACGACACCCUCUCCUCUUUCCUGUUGCUCUUUGGCUGGGACUUUUCUUCCUGCAACUGUGAUGGUGAAGAAGACUAGCCGGCUGAAAUAUUUUUCUUCUAAGUGCCUUCUCUGGACAUCACCUGGAAGGGUCUCCUUGUCUACUCCAAACCAAUGGCACCUGGGGACUGCCAUGUCAGUGGCAAGUGGUGAAUAUGCUCUGGAUUUUAGGCCAAACUUUAAAUGAGUUACCUAGGGUACCGUAUUCCACCAAACAGGUUCACAGAAUCAUAGAGCUGGAAGGGAGUGCAAGGAGCAUUUAGUCAAACACUCUGCCAUGCAGGAAAAUACAAUGACAGCAUUCCUGAGAGGUCACAGAAUUAUAGAGUCAAAGAGAUCUGAAGGGUGAUCCAACCCCCUGCCAUGCAAGAAGACACAGUCAAAGCACUCCCAACUUAUGCUCAUCCAACUUUGGUUUAAAGACCUCAGAAGAAAGAGAGUCUGCUCCCACCUGCCACUGAGGCAGUUUGUUCCAUUGUUGAACAGUUCUUACCAUUAGGAAGUUGUUUCUACUGCUAAGAUGGAAUCUUUUCAGCACCUUAGACAUAUGGAGCAGAUUCACUGUCACCCUCUGACAGAGUAGCCACCAGCUUCUAUGGCCCUGGACAUUCCUGAAGGGAUAAAGGAAUGUGCAUUUAUAUACACACACACACACCACACACGUAUGCAUGUAGAGUGAGGUUUCUUUCAUAUAACUGUAUGUACAUGUAUGAUUGUUCUCUUCCAUUGUGCUCUACAAGGUCAGCUUUCCUGGGAUAAAUAAAUAAUGACACCACUUUUAGGACAGGGAUGCAAACUUUUGAUUGAGAAGAUUCUGACUGCUACAAGCUUGGAAUAUACAUAGACACACACACAUAUACAUACAGUUGGCCCUCCACAUUUGACUUGUGUGACUUUGAUUAUUGGUGGAUUUGAUUAAUAUAUUCCCUCUAGGAAUCUCUAGGCCCUCCAGCGUGACUCUGCCAUCAGUUG